UUCAGUUUCGAUCGAAUAUCCGAGUAAGUCGGACAAGGCUAAUUUUGUCACUUUAACAUUUAAUGUUUCGAUAUUUUUACAUUUUAAUAUUUAGUUUUAUUUAAAUAGAAACAUGGAAAUUUUGAAUGCCGAUGAAGAAAUCAGCGAUAUGGCAACGGAAUUAGUUUUUUACGUAAACGGAAAGAAGGUGAUAGAACCAAAUCCUGACCCCGAAUGGACUUUGUUAUGGUAUUUACGGAAAAAGUUACGUCUCACUGGGACCAAGCUAGGCUGCGCAGAAGGCGGCUGCGGCGCAUGCACUGUUAUGAUCUCCAAAUACAUUCGUAGAGAAAAGAAAAUAAUACAUUUAGCGAUUAACGCAUGUUUAGCACCAGUUUGCGCCAUGCAUGGAUUGGCUGUUACAACAAUAGAAGGAAUUGGCUCCACUAAAACUAAACUUCACCCAGUUCAGGAAAGACUUGCUAAAGCACAUGGUUCUCAAUGUGGUUUUUGCACACCAGGAAUUGUAAUGUCAAUGUAUAGUUUGCUUAGAAGUUAUAAUAAACUUAAAUACUCAGAUAUGGAAGUAGCGCUUCAAGGCAAUUUAUGUAGAUGCACAGGUUAUCGAGCUAUAAUAGAAGGAUACAAGACGUUCAUUGAAGAUUGGGAAACACACCGAAUUACAAAUGGUAACUCAGAGCAAUCUAGCAAUGGGGUAUGUGCAAUGGGAAAAGACUGUUGCAAGAAUAAAAAAGACGACAGUGAAACUGAAUUUAUAUUUGAAAAAUCCUCAUUUUUACCGUACGAUCCAAGUCAGGAACCUAUAUUUCCACCCGAACUCAAACUGUCAUCCGUUUUUGACGAACAGUAUUUAAUAUACCGUGGUGAAAAAACUGUAUGGUUCAGACCUACAACACUUGAACAAAUAUUAAAAUUGAAAGAACAAUAUCCAGAGGCAAAAAUAGUAGUUGGAAAUACAGAAGUCGGCGUAGAAGUGAAAUUUAAACACUUUGUUUACCCAGUCAUAAUUAUGCCUAAUUGUGUAUCGGAAAUGAAUACUGUUUUAGAAACAGAAACAGGACUUGUAGUUGGGGCAGCUGUAACACUGAUGGAAAUGGAAAAUGUUUUUAAAAAAUACAUUGAUACUUUACCUAAAUAUAAAACAAGAACACUUAAAACAAUAAUAGAUAUGUUAAAUUGGUUUGCUGGUAAGCAGAUAAGAAAUGUUGCAGCAAUUGGCGGAAACAUAAUGACCGGUAGCCCGAUAUCAGAUUUGAACCCAAUUUUAAUGUCAUUAAAGGUAAAACUCAAUCUAUCAAGUCAUGUAGAUGGCCCGCGGUCUGUUUUAAUGGAUGAGUCUUUCUUUACUGGCUACAGAAAAAAUGUUGUUAAACCUAACGAAAUCUUGCUUUCCGUCGAAAUCCCAUAUUCAAAUCAGUAUCAAUUUGUUAAAGCGUAUAAACAGGCAAAGCGACGUGAAGACGAUAUUUCAAUUGUAACAGCUGCAAUUAAUGUUGAAUUUGAAAACGAUACAAAUAUAAUAAAAAAUAUUAAUUUGGCUUUCGGUGGAAUGGCGCCAGUAACAAAGAUAGCGUCAAAAUCUAGUCAAGCUUUAAAAGGCUUAAAGUGGUCAGAAGAAAUGGUUGAUAAAACCUUUACAUAUUUGUUGGAUGAAUUGACACUUAGUCCAUCAGCGCCAGGUGGAAACGUACUUUAUAGAAGAGCCUUAACUAUGAGUUUAUUUUUAAAAGGCUAUUUAGCAAUUGCCAAAGAAAUGUCUGAAAGUUAUAUCCACGAAGAUCUUAUUACGCCGUAUCAUAGUAGCGGAGCUGAACAAUUUCAUGGUAGUGUACCCAAGAGUUCCCAAUAUUUUGAACUAAUUGGCGAUAAACAAAUUAAAAGUGAUGCAGUCGGUAGACCUAUAACACAUGUAUCAGCACUAAAGCAGGUAACGGGUGAAGCUAUAUACUGUGAUGAUAUGCCGACAGCAGAAGGUGAAUUAUAUCUAUCAUUUGUUCUUAGUUCAAAAGCUCACGCGAAAUUAGUAUCAGUUGAUCCAAGUGAAGCGUUGAGACAACCAGGUGUAAUGGCAUUUUUUUCUGCUAAAGACUUGACUGAAGAACAAAAUGCAAUUGGUCCUAUUUUCCACGAUGAAGAGCUAUUUGCAAGCAAAAAAGUAAUUAGUCAAGGUCAAACAAUUGGCGUUAUCGUAGCUAAAGAUCAACAAACAGCACAGGCUGCUGCUCGGAAAGUUCGAAUCGAAUAUGAGGAAUUAGAACCAAUUAUAGUUACAAUAGAGGAUGCUAUAAAGCACAAAUCUUUUUACAAACAGUUUCCGAAAACAAUACAGUCAGGAGAUGUAAAGCCUAUCUUUGAUGACCCAAAUAAUAUAAUAAUAGAAGGAGAAUGUAGAAUGGGUGGUCAAGAGCAUUUUUAUUUAGAAACCCACGCAGCGUUUGCGAUUCCAAAAAAAGAAGAUAACGAAUUAGAGAUAUUUUGUUCCAGUCAACAUCCAUCAGAAAUUGUGAAAUUAACCAGCCAUAUACUUCAUGUACCAAUGAACAGAAUAGUAGCCCGUGUUAAACGUAUGGGAGGUGGAUUUGGGGGCAAGGAAUCGAGGGGUAUGCUAGUCGCAUUACCGGUGGCUUUUGCCGCCCACAAACUGCAACAACCCGUACGUUGUAUGCUAGAUCGAGAUGAAGAUAUGCAAAUGUCUGGAACGAGACAUCCUUUUCUAAUUAAAUAUAAGGUAGCGGUCACUAAAGAAGGGAAAAUAAUGGCUGCAGAUUGCAAUAUAUAUAACAAUGCCGGUUACUCUAUCGAUCUUUCUGGACCCGUCGUUGAAAGAUCAAUGUUCCAUUUUCAAAAUGCUUAUUAUAUACCCAAUAGCAAGGUAACUGGCCACGUAUGCAAAACUAAUUUACCUUCGAAUACUGCAUUUCGCGGGUUUGGUGGUCCACAAGGAAUGUUUGGAGCUGAAAAUAUGAUAUGGGACAUUGCUAAUAAGUUAAAUAAGACUCCAGAGGAAAUUAGGAGAAUUAAUUUAUAUCGUGAAAAUUUGACGACUCAUUACGGACAGGUUUUAACACACUGUACGUUGCAAAGAUGUUGGGACGAGUGUGUCGAUAAAAGUGAUUUGGCGGAAAGAAAAAGAAAUAUCGAUAACUUUAAUAAACAACACCGAUGGCGCAAACGGGGCAUCUCAUUAAUCCCAACAAUGUUUGGGAUAGCUUUCACAGAAAAAUUGUUAAAUCAAGCUGGUGCUCUAGUUUUGAUAUACACUGAUGGUUCUGUUCUCUUGUCUCACGGAGGAACAGAGAUGGGUCAGGGCUUGCAUACGAAAAUGAUACAAGUUGCGUCCCGUGCCCUCGGUAUUGAUGUUUCAAAGAUUCAUAUAAGUGAAACGGCUACGGAUAAAGUACCCAACACAUCUGCCACUGCAGCUAGCGCUGGGUCAGAUCUUAAUGGGAUGGCUGUUCUCGAAGCCUGUCAAAGAUUAGUUAAACGGCUUCAGCCUUACAAAGACAAGAAUCCUGAUGGAAAAUGGGAAGAUUGGGUUUCCGCAGCGUACGUUGACAGAGUAAGUUUGUCCGCUACAGGAUUUUAUGCCACACCCGAUAUAGGAUACAAUUUUAAAACAAACACAGGAAAAGCUUUCAAUUAUUAUACAUUUGGAGUAGCAUGCACCGAAGUUGAAAUCGAUUGCCUUAGUGGAGACCACCAAGUUAUAAGAACUGAUAUUGUUAUGGAUUUAGGAGAAAGUAUAAAUCCAGCUAUUGAUAUUGGUCAAAUAGAAGGAGCUUUUAUUCAAGGCUAUGGACUUUUCACAAUGGAGGAGCUAAUUUAUUCUCCUACUGGAACACUAUACUCACGAGGUCCUGGUGCUUACAAAAUCCCAGGGUUCGGUGAUAUUCCACAAGAAUUUAACGUUUCCUUAUUGAAAGGAGCGCCAAACCCAAGAGCAGUAUAUUCUUCAAAAGCGGUUGGUGAGCCUCCUCUCUUUCUGGCGAGCUCUGCAUUCUUCGCGAUAAAAGAAGCUAUUCGAGCAGCACGUGCUGAUGCUGGGGUGCCUUUAGAUUUCUACCUCGAGUCACCAGCUACAUCUUCACGUAUACGCAUGGCCUGCGAAGAUCAUAUUACUAAAAGGAUUCCUCGACUGCAGCCAGACACCUAUGUACCAUGGAAUGUUGUUCCUUAAUUUUAUUAGUGUUAAUAUAAUAUUAAUUACAAUAUUAACUCAUAUGAAUUGUUAUAUUCAACACAUUCUGGUUGUGUUUAAUUACGUAUUUUGUUUUAAGUGUAUAAUAAAAAGCUAUCAUAUAGAUGUAUUAAGUAAAGGGUUAAUAAAAGUGCCAUAUAUAAAUAAAAAUUAUUUAUUUA